UGAAACGGUGAAAUAAAAAGCAUAAAACCAUUGCAGCAGGAGAACCACAAACACUGUAAACCAAAAUAAGUUGGGGUUUUUUGUAGGAAAAAGUUUUUUUCAUAAAAAUUAAGUAUGUUAAGACAAACCUCACUUCUAUUUAGAAUUAGCUUUGCACAUUCAAAGUGUAUUAUCGUGCCAUUAUCAAUAUAUUACUUGAAAAUGGUCAACAUUAUCAUUUAUCCCAAUAAUUACUGGGAAAAUUUAUUGUCCAGCAAAAUAUAUUAUCAUUUCAGGUUUAGCUAAAAACAGUCUUAAGAUUAAAUAACAGUAUCCCCAGAUCUGAAAAGCUGUGUGCGUUCUUGACCAGUGUCAGUAGUUUCCAAGGUAUCUUGUGAUGCUAUUUCUUUGUUUUUUUUCUUUUGUGAAAAUAUAAUAGUUCUUGGAGGGAAUUGUUCACAGUUAUAAAUGCAUGCCAUUUGUAAGCUUCCUUGUCACUGUUCAGUUCUGAAUGGUGGUGAUUCAGAAAUAUGUCCUUGUUCAUUUGUUGUUUGUGAGCAGAACUAGAGUUUAACCAUAAAUAAACUCUCGACAUAAAUGUAUAUUCUAAACAUUUUCUCAAACUGUAAAAUUAAGUCCUAGCAGCUUACAGUGUGUAAAUUAACCCGACUAAUAAAUGUUGGUAGGUUUCAGUGUACAUAGUUACGUGGCAGUUAUGACGUAGUUCAUAGUUUGUUAGUUGAUUAGUUGAUGGACAGGUUAAGGAAGUGUUCCUUUGAUUACAGAUCCGCCAUUUUCCAUAAGAUUAAUCUAUCCUAAGUAAACGGACACAUAACACAAGUUUUUAAGUUUGUCUUGCUAAUCGAAAUGCAUCCGAGGAAGAAACAUGUCCUGCUCAUCUUGCUGCUUCUGUGGUCCAGCAAGGCGGAGGCGCUGGAACCGGUUAGCACCGCAAUGGGAUUGGCUCUUCUCGCUGUUGGCACAGGAUUUUUAUUGCGUUCCAUUUCAUUGUCCUACGAAACCUGCUCACCCCCUUGGAUAUCCUUCAACAGAACAAGACUCGAGACGGACCUGGACAACAAGCUGUUCGGACAGCACAUUGCGUCCAGCAUCAUCUUAAAAGCUGUGAACGGCUUCAUGAGCAACACGAACCCAAAGAAGCCCCUGGUGCUCUCUUUCCAGGGGUGGACCGGCACCGGGAAGAACUUAGUGAGCCAGCUCAUCGCUGAAAGCAUUUACAGCAAAGGAAUGAAAAGCCGCCACGUCCACUUGUUCACCUCCACUUUUCACUUCCCACAUAAACGUAUGAUUGAUACCUACAAGUCUCAGUUGCAGCAGUGGGUCAGAGGCAAUGUGAACAACUGUGAGCGCUCCUUGUUCAUCUUUGAUGAGAUGGAUAAGAUGCACCCAGGCGUGAUUGACAGCAUUAAGCAGUACCUGGAAUACUAUGACAAUCUGGACGGGGUUUCUUAUAGGAAGUCCAUCUUCAUCUUCCUCAGCAACGCAGGAGGAGACGACAUCACUAAGACGGCUCUAGAAUUCUGGAAGGCGGGAAAAGGUCGAGAAGAGAUCAGGCUCAAAGACCUGGAAAAAACACUCUCGCUGUCUGUGUUCAAUGACCAAAAUGGGGGCUUCUUUCACACGAGUUUGAUCGACAAGAAUCUGGUGGAUUUCUUUGUUCCUUUCCUGCCUCUGGAGGAAAUACACGUAGUCCUGUGCGCCAUGGUUGAGAUGGAAGCCAGAAACUUCAGACCAAACCAUGAUGUGGCGGACAUGGUAGCCAGCGAUAUGAUCUAUUUCCCUAAAGAUGAAAGAGUGUUCUCUUCCACAGGUUGUAAGACGGUACAGCACAAACUAAACUUCUACAUAUAGAUGUGCGCAUCUGAAACAUGAGAAUGAGACACUAUGUGAUGUGACGGAUGUGAACGAACAAGAAGUAGCUGCCUUGCAUCUUUGUUUUUAUUGGAAGGAAUUUUGCACUUAAGCAGCUCUUUAUUUACCUCAAUAAAUGACCAGAGCUGUUAAAUCUCAUGGCACACUGCUAAAAAUUGCACAAGUGAAAUUAAAUGUCAUAACAAGAUUUGUUUUUAAGAAACUCAGGAUUGUCAUCUCAUCAUCAACUCUGAUUGUCUAAAUGGAAACAGUCUUUGUGUUUAUGCUUCCCAAUCAAAGCACUACAUUAUGUGAAAUAUAUAAGGUGAUUCUCAAAAACAGGUUUUUGUUAUGAAACAAAAUCAAGACCAUGAUAAUCACUUUAAAGCAUUUUUCACUUCUUCUUAUGAACAUGUACAAAGCAGAACACAUUGUAAUCAUAUUUUAGAGGGUAAAUAUGGGAAUGCAUUAAGUUAGACUUUGACCUGAAGAAACUUCUGUAAUAAAACAUUAACAUGGAAAUUCA